AUGGCCAAAGGGCAGCAAAAUUAUGAUUACGCUACUGGUCUCUGUAUAUUCCAUUGUGUACUGUGGAUCUUAACAACACAUGAAGCACUAAUCGAACAGUCUCUCGCCGCCGCAUUUGCCCACCUAGACAUCAUGUCCGCUCAUUAUGGUGCCGAGGGUCCGCUUCUCUGCCUAGAUAGCUAUGCGACCGACGGCGAUAGCCAGCCUGGCACUCUGAAGGGCGAUAUAGAUGUUCUCGACUGCUAUACAUCAGAAUACAAGGUAGUCCUCAACUGUGCGGAAGCUUUCAUGCAGAAGUAUCCAGAACGCCCAAGCCCCUUGCCUGCUGCGGUUAUACUUCGUGGUGGCAAGCGAUUGAACUUCUCUGAUCCCGGCCACACCUGGAAGGAUUAUUUGACGCCAACUGAGCUGUCUCCGCAUGCCCUGAAGGAGGAGUUAUUAGAAGUAUGUUUGCAAGGACAGGCUCUUGACACGGCUCCCUUAGCCAUCAGCCGUACAGUUGAGCGUCUGUCUCCCAAGCAUCUCGUAGCGAGAAUUACAAAAUCUCAAAGGGAAAUGGGCUUGUCCAAUAUCGGCGCGCCAUAUGGCAACGUAUCUGAUGACUUUAGCUGUUCCCCGCUCAACAUGCUGGGCAACGUUAAAUGUACGGUUGGUUGGUCCUCCUUUCGAGCGUACAAUGCUCUCGUUCUCCAGCUCAAGCUUUUACCCCACGCUCCGACAGUUAUCCCAUGUUCUACCAUCGUGUCUGUCGCAUCCCAUGGCCAGGAGAAGGAUCCGUAA